UAAAAGUGUGUAUAGAAUCUAGUUUUUAGAUACAUUAUUUAGCCAUAAUCAUGGUCCAUGUCUAUAUAUGAUGCGUUUCCAAAAUGGCGCGUAGAAUAGGGAUACCAUCGGGGCCGUGGUUUGAAUGCUGGUUACGGUCGUUAGAUGUAGGAGAGUCUCCAACAUCAUCCGGAAGGCUUGAUAAAUCAUUUACUCAAGUUCGCGGAGUGGAUUCACGCCAGCAGAAGGAAGUAGCUAUAGAGCUAUAUCAUGCAUUGCAUCAAACUGAAAUAUCACUCAAAGAACUAUCGCAACAUAUCACGGAGAUUGGUAAUAUACUGAGUCAGGUGGAUGUACGGCAAUUAAUAACACAAACGAAAUCUCAGCAGAGGCAGAUGCUAUGCGUCUUCUUUGAUUUCGAGGACAUAUCGCAAGCUGUAUCUGAAUGUAUUAUGCAGGAUUCGUAUGCAUACGUAUAUCUCUUGGUCAGGCUCCUAUAUGAGAUACUGAUAAACACUAAAUCUGACGCCGUAAGGACAUUUUGCUUUUACCAGAUAAUGCGCAAUGCUGAUGUGUUACGGGUAUUAUUUGAUUUGGUACGCCGUCAUGUCGGGAAAAGUGGUGAAUCGAAACCAAAAGACAUGCUGGAUACGGUAGGGCAGUUGCCAAGAUAUUUCUACUUCAAUGCCAUGGAUUCAAUUAUGCUCCGCAUGCUAACAAGCACAGAUGUUAACCUUAAAGUAUGCGGCAUCGAGCUUGUACGGCUGAGUCCAUAUCUAACAGCUUGUAAUCCGCAGUUGAUAGCAGAACUCCAGCAUUGUAUACUAGGGCCAGCAGUGGAGCUUGCCAACAAGGCCGCGAUAUCCAUGGGCACUGUACUACCAUAUGUAUCUACUAAACUAGCAGAUGUAAUCUUACAAGCCAUUCACAGCCACACUCUGGAACGCAAGUUCGAUACUCAAAAGAUUGUGUCCUUCUGCUGCAUGGCCAUUGGAUGCCGUAGGAGCAAAUAUGCUGAAAUGGCGCAUCGCAUGUGUUGGAACUUGUGGCUCCAUAUAGACGCACGUAGGGAUGCCAAAGAACCAGUAGACGAAUUGAUAGUACGUGAAUCACAGUUUUAUCUACUUUUAACCAGUACUAUCAUAUCCCUGGGAAACCGUACUCUGCAUAAUAGACAAAAGUCACGGAUGGAGCACCUGUUAUACGAGCAACAUUACCGCCGAAGCGAUAUGGAAUUUGCAUUUUGUUUAUAUAUACUAUAUCAGUCACAAUGUGACGUGAAGGAUGUGGUCAAGCUGCUUAAAAAUGAUACUCCCGACAUUGACCUACAGCAGGAACUGCAUAAGUUACUAUAUAACUGUCAUGUUAGGUCGUUUAGGCAAACCGGGGCAUACACCGCAUUUAUCAAUACACUGGCUUCAUUCAAAGAAAUGAUUGCCCUAGAUCUUGGAAAUAUGUAUUUAAUCAGGGAGAUCACAUCGUUGGUUACUCGACUGGUGGUCAACAUAUCAGAUGCCUUGUUGAGGAUCAUAAAAAUAGUUGCAGAACCAUUUAAUGAAUUAGGCAACGAUCAACAUUUGUUGAGGUCACUAGUCAUCAAAUCACUAUGCAGUAUCAACAGGAUGUCUUCAUUACUUGAAUACCAGAAGCACGCAUUGGUGGUCAAGGAAAUAGAGACCCUGGUGGGCAGCAGCGACCUGAAGUAUAUAUUCAAGCCACUGGUAAAACCAGGGGACAUUACGUUAUUCAGUGAAUCAUUGACACGUGAUCGUGUAAAUCUACUUGUCCAGUUGUUUUAUGACUGUUCCUACUCCAAACCACCGAAGGUACAUAACUACUACGGGUCUCCGGUUGCACUAGAUUUGUUGAAUGCCAGAGUUAUCCCCGUUCUACACAAGAUGGGUAAUAUCAUGACAAUAACAUCCAAGGAUGACUUCAACGAAACACUUACGCAAGAAGCAGUUAUGAUUUUAACUAAAGCAAUCGAUUCCACGGAAUCAGCCGUUGGCAUACAGCAGUGUAUACAGUUGUCGUUACGAUUAGGACUGCACAAGCAUGCAAUUGUAUUUCUCCAACGUUUACAAAUUUACACCCACGAUACAUUACUGUGGUUUAACGGAUUACAGUACUACUGCAUGGCGGAGGUAGAAGCUAAUAUAUCCCAAGCACUACUACAUCGCACCCAGUCAUUGGAUUCCCUAGAAACAUUUGAAUUCCAAGCAAAUCAAAUAUAUAAGGGUAGCGUGAAUAAUGCCGCUAUUUCCAGUGAACACCAGAUAGUAUUACCACAAUUGGUGACGCAUACUUGGUUUCUACUAAGGAUGAUACUACAAGUAGCAUGUGGAAACAUAGAGCACACACAGGAUCUACAGGGGCUUUCUCAUGUGUUUCGUAGUCUUUAUAUACAUUACAAAGCGAUCAAAUGGUGCUUCAGGAAAUACUGUAGUGAAGUAGUAUCAGUGGCACAAAUGUACCAAGGUCUCUGUAUGUUGCUAUAUGCAAUUUGCUUAUCAAACACGGAAGUGGAUAACAUCUACGAUAUCUCUGACGAUAUAGAUACGCUGAAUAAAUACAUUUUGCAAAUAUUCGAUGAAGGAGACUGCCCGAUGCCACUGACGUCUACAGUAAUAGAAAUGCUUGACCCUGGACAUAAGAAGGCACUCUUUAAUGACAACCUUUUACUAGGAACUAUAUCCACACAACAACUAGCAUCUGGACAAACUGGAAUGGUAAAUGCUUUGACACCACGCAAAAUCACUGACGUGAGCAUACAAGGCAUGUUGAACGAGUUUGUACUAUUCAACAGGAUAAAAACGACUAGGUUUCAACGUUCCAAUGAACCAAAUGCUGUAGCACAUAGUUUUCGAGUAACAUACUUUUCAAGGGAUAUUAAAGCCUUUACGCCACUGCAACAAGGAUUAAAGUUAUAUGAGUCUAAUAAGACAAGGGAAAACAUGAUUAACCUGGUUAAACUGAUAAGCGCAGUACAAUUGCCAAUCCCAGCGGGGGCACUAAAGAUGUAUCCAUUGCCCUUCGCAUCAAUAAACGCAAUGGUUGAUUUCGAAAAACGUGCCGGUGAAGGGCCUGUGGCCAUACACAUCCAAGGGUAUAUACGAAAUAGUUCAAAAGAAAUACCUUGGCUCAAAAUCAAGGUUGAUGUCGUCGAAGGAAACGUAGUAAACACUAUACGGAAAACAAAGUUAAGGAUGCUUGAAAAUAGCAUCGAUGAAUACGUAGAUGCAAAUGUACGUCUGCGGAAUUUGGAAAAUCUUAAAAUUACUUGCCUGCCUAUGGAGAGCAACGGCCUUCCAGUUGGACUACCCACACACGUGCGUCCGGUAAUACGCGAGGUAGUAACAUAAACUAACACCCAAAG